AUGCCUCGCAAAAUUGAGGAAAUCAAGGACUUCCAGUUCACAGUCAGGAGAAAUGAUGCCAAAUCUGUCAAGAUCAAGAAAAAUGAGGAUAAUGUGAAGUUCAAAGUCCGGUGCAGCAGAUACCUUUAUACCUCGGUCAUCACAGACAAAGAGAAGGCUGAGAAGCUGAAGCAGUCCCUGCCCCCAGGUUUGGCGGUGAAGGAGCGGAAAUGA